UCUUGUACGUUUACACUGUGUUGACAUUACCAGCAACAAAUCUAGAUCUCUCUCCUACUCCAUGUAACUGAUCAUGCUCCAGUUUUCCCAUGGAUUUCCAGAGCAGACUAUCUCCUUCUUCUUCGAUCUGGAAAUAUGAUGUGACUUUAACUUGCUGUGGUGACUUACCUUACGAUUUUUAUCCAUGGCUUUGGAAAAAUCUACUAAAAGAAGGUUUAAGAACCCGAAAUUGUUGGUACGAUCGCAAAGUCUUUUUUAUCGAUCAAUGGUACGAGCCACUCAAAGAAAUGAAGGAAUCCCAGAUUUAUAUGGUCGUCUUCUCAAAAACAUAUGCUAAAGCCGAUACAGAUUGCUUGAGGGACCUGGCAUCAAUGUUUGAGUGCAUGAAGGUUUCAUCGCGGCGACACAGUUUUCUGCCAAUUUUCUUUGAGGUCGAUCCCUCUCAAGUCAAAACAUGGCUAGCUCCGUAUGAGGCACUACUGAGCCAUAGCCAAGAUUUGGUCAUACGAAAUAACGGAGAUCAAACUCGAGUUAUGAAAGAAAUAAUUGUGAAGGCAAAACAAAUAUUGCUGGCCAAUGAAAGAGAUACUUGUCAGACGGAUUUUCAGAGCAAGCCGCCGCCCUCCUCCUCCUCCGAGUGGAUAUGGCCAUGGCCAUGUGAUGUGUUUAUAAGCUUUGAUACUGAGUCUGACGACUCUUGCUCUUUCGUUGAAUUCCUUUCGCAUGCUCUUAUCAGCAAUGGUUUCAUUACCGCUUCUUCAAAUUCCUUUGCUCGAGGACCGUUGGACAAAUAUGAGCUUUAUAUGGUUGUCCUUACAAAAAGCUAUAUUUGCUCAACACGAUCCUUGCAGGAACUGGCAAGGAUGGUAGCUCAGUGCAUCGACUCACCUGUACGCAAAUUUGAUACUGAUCCACCUCAGCAGAUACUCGUGCCGAUCUUCUUCGGAAUCCAGCCCUUUCAAGUAACUGAUAUUGAUAGCUUCUUCCAGAAUAGCCGCUUUCUUGAACAUAUAAAACACUUGGAACUAAAUGUAGACAAAGUAAUGACACUAUUGACCCAACGCCAAGAUUUGGUAGCACCACAUGAUCAUCUAAAAGAUCAAGCGCGAUUUAUUAGUAAAAUUGUUGACAAGACAAUUAAUAUGUAUGAUGGCUAUUAUUGGCAGCCAUCGCUUCGCUUUAUUGAUGGAAUUGCCAAGAAAGUUGACAUAUCAGAUGAAAUAGCUACAGUAGGGAUAGGAUCUCAUCGAGUAUCAAAAUUAAUAGAGCUUCUGGUUUUAGGGUCAACAGGUUUUGUUCGAAGUGUAGGGAUCAGUGGGAUGGGUGGAAUAGGGAAGACAGCUCUGGCCGGAGAUAUCUUUAACAAGAUCUCUCACCAUUUUGAUUCUACCUAUUUCCUCACUAAUCUGGAUACACAUUAUGCCUCCAAGUUCCUUCCAGAAGUACUUCUUCGAAUAACUCUAGGAGAAGAAUAUGUACUUUGUGUACACAAUAUAGAAACUAGUCUGAGAAACCAUAGGAUUCUUGUAGUCUUAGAUGAUGUUGAUGACCAUGAAUCAUUGAAAGAGUUUUUGAUUGGAUCACGUGACUGCUUCGGAGGAGGAAGUAGAAUUAUCAUAACAAGUAGAGAUGAGCGAGUCCUUGGAGAGCUUGGAGUAGAUGAAAUUCACAAGGUUAAACUAUUGAAUCAAAAUGAAGCUCUUCGACUUCUCUGCAAAACAGUUUUCAAUUGUAAUUUUCCAAUGAGAGGUUAUGAUAAGGUGGUCCUGGAUGCCCUCAAAUAUGCCGAUGGUCUUCCAUUAGCAAUCAGAUCAUUAGGUUCGUUGUUGCGAGAUCGAAGCGUCUCAGAAUGGCAGAGAGAGUUGGAAAAGUUGGAAAUGGUUCCUGAUUCUUCAGUACUCAGUGUUCUUAGAAAAAGUUUUGAUAAACUCGAUGGUAUAGAAAAGGACAUGUUUUUGGAUAUUGCUUGCUGUUUUGCUGGAGAGGAGAUUGAUUAUGUGAAGAAAAUUCUUGGGAUCCAGUAUAAAUUACCUUUGGUGGAAACGAGGAUCGGCUUUCUUAUUGAUAAGUCACUGAUAAACGUCUCAGGUCUUAGAAUAAAAAUGCAUUAUAUGCUGCAACAGUUGGGAAAAGACAUCGUUCGACGAGAAUCAACUAGACCUGGAGAGAGGAGUAGGGUAUGGCGAUUUGAAGAUUUUUGUCAUGUUAUGGAGGCAAAUACCGGAACUGAGUAUGUCAAAGUCAUAGUGCUUUCAAAUCAAGAAUAUCCGCGGAGGACGACAUCGAUAAGCAUCAAUGGUUUGUCAAAAAUGAAUGGACUUAGAGUCCUUAUAUUUCAUAACUUGCACUUUUGCAGGAAGCCUCAGUCGUCUGGCUGACAAAAUAUUUUAUCUGUCGUGGCAUCAAUAUCCAUUUACUUGUUUACCAUCAAGUUUUGAGCCAGAAUAUCUUGUGGAAUUGAUUCUGCCAGAUAGCUGCAUCACGCAACUAUGGAGAGACAUAGAG